AGAGCCCGCGCAGGGUGUAGGAGCGGUGCGAGGUGAGGCAGGCAGGGUGUUGCUCCCCAAGGCAGGGAGAGCACAAUGCAAUGCAAGGUUAUUGCUUAACUGGAGCGGGGGAGAGCUGCUUCCCACUUCUUGCAGGAAAUGAGUGAGGAUGGAACUUGAAAAUGUCAUGGAAACCCAAACUAAAAUCGUUUUAACUUCUGAAAAAAAAACAAAAAAUGAACUCUGAAGUAUUUGGCACUAAUGCCUACUACUGUAUCUUGGUAAUAUGGUUUGCUUCUAGCCAUAAUCUUAGUUUUAUAUAAUUUAGUUUCAUGGCUACCUGCAAGUUGUGUACCUUAUUUUUCUCACUCAAUUAUAGAACUUUUUGACGGUGCUUUUUAGUGUUCUCUUGCAAAAACAAAGUGUUUUGUUGUAAUGUAAUAAUUGGAAACUAAAUUUGUUUUGUCUGUGUUUAGUUUCAAUUUACAGGAGCAUUUUGUGGAUGUUGGUUUCUCUGUUAGUCCACAGAGAUAUAAUUUAAUGUUUUGUAUCACCGCUGUAUAUGUGGAGUAGAAGUAAUUGCAUCUGUUUGAGAUGUUUAGUGUUUGUGUCUUCUCCUGUGUUGGCUAAGUGACCAUUACAGACCAGUCAUGACAGAUUAAAAGGUGAUUCAACAAGGUCAGCAGUUUCUCAUCUGCUCUUCUUUGGAGUGUUGAGCACAGUUGUCUGAUGGUUUCUUAUAAAAAUAACACAAGUGUGGAGUAUAAUAAAACUGCAUGGAUUGUUUUUCAAACAGUAUUAUCUGCUUCAUAAAUUGCAUCUGUCCCUUGAUGGUGCUUGAUUGCAGAAGGGUGGAUAUAGUUUGUAGAAUAAAUAUUAGAAGUGCUGAUUAGCACUUAAAGACAGACUUGUGGAAUUACUGUGGUAGUGAAAAACAGAAACAUUCUGAAUUUCUGUGAUACUGCAUUUUGAGCUUAAUGAAUGCUUUAUGGGCCAUGCUCUCUGCAUAUGUUUUAAAAAAUAAAACAAGCUACAGACCCAAACCAACAACUUCUAUUACGAGUUGGAUGAUUCCUUGUAUAGGUUAUUAUUUAAUUGGCUUGGAAAGUAUAUAUUCCUGACUUCUGGAGACUAAGGAAUGUAAAAUAUGUGUUAAAAUGGAGUAUACCUGUGACAUUUUGUGAAAAGGCUGUGUAUUACUAGGCCUACAGUGGAGUGUAAAGCAGCAUGUUGACUAGUAGCACUAAAUGCCUUGUGGCCUCUCAUGAAAUCUAAGACCUGAAGCUUGUCUGUUUUCAUGUGCAGGUGAUAGAAACCUGUGCAUGACAGGCUUAUAAGUAACUAAGUACUGGAAAUAACCUCUUAUUGUGCCAGUGUCUGAGAGAGUCAAUAACGUGCUGGUUACUUGUGGAGAAAGCAUCACUUCAGACUAGCUGGGUGCUGUUGUGGAUCUGUUUCAGAAUAAGUCAGAAGCGGAAGCAUACAAUUUGAUUAAUUUCUGUGGUUAUUAAUGUGCUUGCUCUGGCUUGUGUAGUCAGGUUAGAAAUAGAGUACAGACUAUUAAAAAAUGCAGUAGUUAAGUUUUUGUAUCAGUGAAUGUUAAAUUGCUGUCUCUGAUACUUGGCUCUAUGUGCAGAGGUGAAUAGUAGUGGUUUUUUUUCUCUUUAAUUAGAUCACCCGGAAGACACGAUGAGUGUUAAAGCUUUCAAGCUCGUUUCUGCUGUUGAGCGGGAGAUGUUAAUGGGAGACAAAAAUUACAUCAACAUCGAGUGCAUUGAGUGUUGUGGGAAAAACCUCUAUAUUGGAACCAAUGACUGCUUUAUCUAUCACUUUCUGUUGGAUGAAAAGGUGUCGACAGCUGGAAAAAUAACUUUUGCUGCCACCAAGCAACUACACAAAUACCUGGGUUUGAAGAAGCCUGUGAGCGAGUUGAAAGCAGCCUCUGCCCUCACCAGACUGCUUGUGCUUUGUGACAACACGAUAACACUAGUGAACAUGAUCAACUUGGAACCUGUCCCCACUGGUGCUAGGAUCAAAGGAGCUGUGACAUUCACACUGAAUGAAAACCCUGUGAGUGGGGAUCCUUUCUGCGUUGAAGUUUGCAUUAUCUCGGUCAAGCGUCGGACCAUUCAAAUGUUCAUGGUGUUUGAAGACAGAGUCCAGAUAGUGAAGGAAGUGUUUACUCCAGAGCAGCCCUGUGCUGUGGCUGUAGAUGGUUAUUACUUAUGCCUUGCCCUUACUACACAGUAUAUAAUUUUGAAUUAUAAUACUGGCGUCUCCCAGGACCUAUUUCCUUAUUGCAGUGAUGAGAAACGGCCAAUUGUGAAACGAAUAGGCAGACAAGAGUUUCUGUUGGCUGGCCCCGGAGGCCUAGGCAUGUUUGCUACUGUAGAUGGGAUUUCACAGCGUGCCCCAGUGCACUGGUCAGAGAAUGUGAUUGGGGCAGCUUUGUGCUUUCCUUACGUGGUUGCUCUCGAUGAUGAGUUCAUUACGGUGCACAGCAUGCUGGACCAGCAGCAAAAGCAAACCCUGCCUUUUAAAGAAGGUCACAUUCUACAGGACUUUGAAGGAAAGGUGAUUGUUGCUACUAACAAGGGUGUGUAUAUUUUGGUGCCACUACCUUUGGAAAAACAGAUUCAGGAUCUUCUAGCUAGCCACAGAGUGGAAGAAGCCCUUGUUCUAGCAAAAGGAGCUCGAAGGAAUAUUCCAAAAGAGAAAUUUCAGGUAAUGUACAAACGAAUCCUGCAGCAAGCAGGUUUUAUACAGUUUGCACAGCUUCAGUUCCUUGAAGCAAAAGAACUCUUCAGAAGCGGCCAGCUUGAUGUCCGGGAGCUGAUCUCUCUGUACCCCUUCCUGUUGCCUACUUCCUCUUCAUUUAUCCGGUCUCAUCCCCCUCUGCACGAGUACGCAGACCUGAACCAGCUGACCCAAGGGGACCAGGAGAAGAUGGCAAAAUGCAAACGAUUCCUUAUGAGUUAUUUGAAUGAAGUCCGCAGCACUGAGGUUGCAAACGGCUACAAGGAGGAUAUUGACACAGCUUUACUCAAACUCUAUGCAGAGGCAAAUCAUGAAAGCCUGCUGGAUCUCCUAGUUUCAGAGAACUUCUGUCUUUUAACAGAUAGUGCUGCCUGGCUGGAAAAACACAAAAAGUAUUUUGCACUUGGUCUCCUGUAUCACUACAACGGUCAGGAUGCUGCAGCACUUCAGCUUUGGGUGAAAAUAGUUGAUGGAGACAUUCAAGAUUCUACACGUUCAGAUCUCUAUGAGUACAUAGUAGACUUCCUUACAUUCUGCUCAGACCAAGAGCUAGUGUGGAAGUACUCUGAAUGGAUUUUGCAAAAAAAUGAAGAGGUUGGCGUACAGAUUUUCACUAAAAGGCCUUUGGAAGAACAAGAGAAAAACAACAUUAAUCCAGAUGAUAUCAUCAGUUGCCUUAACAAAUAUCCUAAAGCACGUGUCAAAUAUCUAGAACAUCUAGUACUGGAAAGAAAAAUACAGAAAGAAAAGUACCAUACUCAUCUAGCUGUCUUGUACUUGGAGGCAAUACUUCAGCUAAAAUCUGUGACCACAGAUAAUUGUACAGAAACAACUGAACUGGUGUUGAAACUUCGCAGUCUGCUUCGGAAAUCUGAUCUUUAUAGAAUUCGCUUUAUUUUAGACAAAAUCCAAGGCACAGACCUUCAUAUGGAAAGUGCAAUUUUAUAUGGGAAGCUGGAAGAACAUGAGAAGGCUUUGCAUAUCCUUGUCCAUGAGUUGAAGGACUUCCAUGCUGCUGAAGAUUACUGUAUGUGGAACUCUGAGAACAGAGAUGUGCAGUACAGGCGAAGGCUUUUCCAUCUGCUGCUCUCAGUGUAUUUAACUCCAGGCACUUCGGAUUGCGCGCUCGUCAUGGCUGCCGUGGAUCUCUUGAAUAACCACGCUGCAGAAUUUGAUGCAGGUCUAGUUUUGCAGGUGGUGCCUGACAGCUGGUCAGUGCAGCUCCUCUCCCCAUUCCUGGCUGGAGCAGUGAGACAAAGCAUUCACACAAAAAGAAUGACUCAGGUGGCACUUGGGUUAGCACAAGCUGAAAACUUAAUCUACAAGCAUGAGAAGGUUAAACAAAAAGGAGCCCCGAUUCUUCUUUCAGACAAAAAAGUGUGUCAGGUGUGCCAAAAUCCUUUCUGCGAGCCUGUGUUUGUAAGAUACCCAAAUGGGAAUAUGGCCCACACGCACUGUGCUGCAAGCAGACAUCUCAAUUCCAAUGUGACUCAUCACUCUCCCAGCUCCAGCAAUCAGACUUGAAACACUCCCACAGUUCCCAUGACUUACAUCCCAUUGAAAGUGGGCUGGAAAGAAAAACGUGCAGCUACUUUAAGUAUAAAUCAAGAUGGACAGUUAGUUUUUGGGUUAAUGGGAAGACUUCCAGUAAAUAUGAAAUACUGCUACUUACCUUUUUGAUUUCUAAUGAAUGUAGAUAGAAAAGAAAAUUCACUACCAGACAUGGAGAGGUGCAAAUAUGGGCUCUUCUGUGAACAGGAGUAAACACUUAAGGGAAAAGGAGUCUUUUCUUCACAGUGCGGAUGAAUGUUACAGAGUGAAGGCAAGUGAAAUUAUUUCAAGAAUUGUCACUUUUCACUGACUGUGGUGUUGAUAAAUUUGUGGAGGGGAAGAUGGCAUCUCUUGGAGUUGGAAUUCUUGAAGAGUGAUGGGACAAGAUUGGCUUUGUGCAGCUUACCAUGAAGACAGAGGUGUGCAUUGAUUUUAAUGCUUGCUGCAGCAUGUCUUCUUUUGGGCUGGAUUAUCUUCCCCAGGAUCACAUUAUCAACUUCAAUUUUUUUGCUCUACAAAAUGUUGGCUUUUGAUGCACUUUUUAGUACCUCCCUCCCAUCCACCUGCUAUAUGGAAUUUAAAUGUAAGCACUGCUCUGUUAGGUUUCUGCUCCUGCAGUUACUGUAAUGUACUGAGUGGAAACCAAUAGCUGUAAUCACACAGGUGAGCUCGGAAGAAAAAAAAGAAAGAUUGUCUGGUCAGACUGUAGUCACUUUUAUAUGGGGGAAGAGGCCCUGACUUUAAUACUGAUUUAUUUAUUAAUAUGCAAAUAUGCUGUACAUAUAGUUGAAUAAAUUGAUCUUAUCAUUCUAGCAUUUCUUUGGAGGAUUGAGAUGUAGCUGAUAUAAAAGUGUACAGAUUAUGUGCUAAGUGUUUGCUAUAACAUAACUUAGGCAGAUUGGAGCACCACAAAAAUAGGUUUUAGUGCUUAUGGAUGACUUUGUGCAAUCAAAACCACAGAGAGAAGGUAUAAAAUUGUAAGAAAUCUAAAGUGCACUACAGGGGUACUGGGUUUUUUAUAUUCUAAAUAUACUAAAUAUUCUGUAAACUAAAAUUUUUCAAAUAACACAAACCACUUACUUAACUGCCCUCAUGUAUUCACAUUGCUGUUUAGCCAUUUUAAAGCAGUUGGUUUAAAAGAUGCAGCUUCCCCAAGAGAGCUUAAAAUGACAACUUUAAAUAAAAGUUAAGUA